ACUGUUUGUUAUUUUGUUUAUCUUUACAGAUGUUUUCUUUCUUUUAGCGCACUCAAAUACCAUUGAGCAGCAAAAUGUUCUGUUCGAAAAAUGUCAGAUUCCAUUCAAACAAUCAAGCGCCAGCACAUAAUAACAAUAUUCGUACUUUUCUUGUAAGUUGCGAAAAGGAAAACAUCAGUACAAGCGGCAGUCCCGUUCCUCAGAACCCGCCGACCAGUAUUCUUCUUCCAAUCUGAUCGUCCUUUACUCAUCGGACUUAGUGACGAAGCUCGUCACUUCGCUGUUCGUUGCGUAGUGGAUCGGACUAACCUCGCAGGCGCGCUCACUCGUAGUAGUUCAUUCAUAAGUGUCGUUGCGGUGCAUCAAGUCCGCUGUUGUUUGUGGCUGAUCGAGCAGCAUCCAGUCUCGUAUCGGGGAGAAAAACAGUAAAAGCCUCCACUAUGGCUAACGAACCUAAAGUGAAUCUUGAAAAGCUGUUUGAGCUGGAUCCGUACCUUAAAUCGCACGAGCAAGAAAUUCGGCGCAGAAAUACCGAAUUCCGUGGAUGGAUCAAGCGUUUGAACGACCUAGAAGGUGGUCUGAAUGAGUUCACCCAGGGCUACAAAUAUUUUGGUUUGCACAUCGCCCAGGACAAUAGUGUUGUAGCUCGCGAAUGGGCUCCCGGUGCUAAGGAGGUGUAUCUAACUGGAGAUUUCAAUAACUGGCAAUGGUUGGCCACGCCGUACGAAAAACUGGCCUUCGGAAAAUGGGAGCUGAAGAUCCCACCGAACCCGGACGGUUCCUGCGCUAUCAAACAUUUGUCCGAGAUCAAAGUGAUCAUUCGCAAGCAGGACGGUGCGCUGGUCGAUCGCCUAUCGCCAUGGGCUAAGUAUGUAGUGCCACCUCCGAAAGAGCUGGGGGUUAAUUUUCAGCAACGUGUUUGGCACCCGCCGGCGCAUGAAAAAUAUAUGUUCCGCCACCGGAAGCCUAGCCGGCCUCGGGCGCUGCGUAUCUACGAGUGUCACGUAGGCAUCGCAACGGAGGAGUACGGCGUGGGAACGUAUCGCAACUUUGCCGACAACAUCAUUCCGCGCAUCGCCAAGCUGGGCUACAACACCAUACAGUUGAUGGCCAUCAUGGAGCACGCGUACUACGCUAGCUUUGGAUAUCAGGUUACGAGCUUCUUUGCUGCCUCAAGCCGGUACGGUACCCCGGACGAGUUGAAGUAUAUGGUGGAUAAGGCACACGAGCACGGCAUAUUUGUGCUGCUCGACGUGGUUCAUUCGCAUGCGAGCAAAAAUACGCAGGACGGGCUGAAUCAAUUCGAUGGUACGAAUGCUUGCUACUUCCACGACGGAUCUCGCGGUGAGCAUCCGACGUGGGGUAGCCGGCUUUUCAAUUAUUCGGAAUACGAAGUGCUUCGGUUCCUGCUUUCGAACCUUCGCUGGUGGCGCGAUGAGUACAACUUUGAUGGAUAUCGUUUUGACGGUGUCACCUCUAUGCUGUAUCACUCGCGAGGUGGAGAAGGGUUCUCCGGUGAUUACAACGAAUACUUUGGGCUUAACGUCGAUACGGAAGCCCUCAUUUAUCUGGCAAUCGCCAACUAUUUCCUGCACGAGAUGGAUCCGAACGUUAUUACGAUUGCCGAGGACGUGAGCGGCAUGCCGACCCUCUGUCGCCCAACUGAGGAGGGCGGCAUUGGGUUUGACUACCGUCUCGCCAUGGCCAUUCCGGACAAAUGGAUCCAGUUGCUGAAGACGAAAAGCGACGAAGAGUGGAACAUUGGCAACAUUGUGCACACGCUCACGAAUCGCCGAUGGAAGGAAAGCACGGUAGCGUACGCGGAAUCACACGAUCAGGCACUGGUUGGCGAUAAAACGAUCGCUUUCUGGCUGAUGGACAAAGAGAUGUACACGCACAUGUCGAUCGUGUCCGAUCCAAGCCUUAUCAUUGACCGUGGCAUUGCGCUGCACAAAAUGAUUCGGCUCAUCACGCACAGCCUGGGCGGGGAGGCUUAUCUGAACUUUAUGGGCAACGAGUUCGGCCAUCCCGAGUGGUUAGAUUUUCCGCGCGUUGGCAACAACGAUUCGUAUCACUAUGCGCGACGGCAGUGGCAUUUGGUGGACGAUCAAUUGCUGAAAUACCGUUUCCUGAACGAAUUCGACCGCGCGAUGCAUCACGCUGAGGAGAAGUACCACUGGCUCGACUGCCUGCCGGCGUACGUUAGCUGGAAGCACGAGGAUGAUAAGGUGAUCGCGUUCGAGCGCAACAAUCUGCUGUUUUUGUUCAACUUUCACUCCACCAAAAGCUUCACGGAUUAUCGCAUCGGCGUGGAGCUGGCCGGUAAGUAUCGCGUUGUGCUUAGCUCCGACGACGCCGAGUUUGGUGGGUUCAAUCGUAUCGAUAAGAAUGUCGAUCAUCAUACAUUCCCAGAGGGUUGGGCCGGGCGCCGAAAUCAUAUCCAACUGUAUCUGCCCUGCAGAACCGCCUGCAUUCUUGCCCCACAGUAGAUUGCACCGCGCGCUUAAAUUGAAGAGCACUAUGGGAAACGUUCAUCUGGACAGUAGAAAGCGUUAUCUAUCUGCCGUUUGGCAGUAUAGACUGAUGGAUUUUAGUUAGCUUUCGAGCCCUUGGUUGUUCAUAUCACUGAUACAGUGGCUAUACUAUAGUCUAAAAAUAGAAUCAAAAGAGAGCAAAAUAAAAUAGGCAUGCAUUGAAA